AUGCCUCCCGAUAUCAGAAACUUCUUUGGAGGUGGUUCGCAGAAGGCUUCCACAGCAGCAAAGAAAGCAUCUGAUAAUCCUGCGCCCAAAAAGAAGCGUGGGAGAAAGGUGGUUGAUGAUAGCGACGAUGAAGAAAUCACAGAGACAAAACCUAAGAAAGCUGAGCUAGAAAAGGCGAAGACCAGGAAGGAGAAACCCCAACCAAAGGUAGAAGAGACUACCAGCUCAGAGUAUUUCGCAUCGAACAGCAAGGCCAAAACUUCGAAAUCCACACCUAUCCGCGCGAAGCCGCACGAGAACAAGACGACACGGAAUGUUGACACGACUCCGUCAAAACCAAGGGCCACUAAUGGAUCUACUCCUAGCAGCCGAAGAUCAACACGAAAUAUUCCUGCCAGGAAAUAUGCAGAUAAUGAGACUGAUGAUAAAGUCCGCGUGCUGGACGACGAUGAAGAAGGAAAUGAUGAUAUACAUGCUGACGAAUUUGCUCGCAAGAUACGUAAUGGUCGGGACGAUUACGAAGAGAGUGACGAAAGCCAUGGUUCUCCGAUUAGGCACAAAGCUCGUACGGCCAAUAGAACACAGAAACAAGCCAAGGCUCCAACAAAGCCGAAGCCGGAAGCAGAUGCCGAGAUGUCUGACACCGCUGGGUAUGAUGCACCAGGAGAAGCCAAAUCUGCGGGGAAAAAGCUUACAGCUCCUUCGGCGGCCGGCCGAAAGCGCAAGUCCAAGAGUGCGGAGCUGGAGGAAGAUGAUUUCUUGGAGGAAGACGAAGUCCCUAAGAAAAGGGCCCGAAAAACACCAACAAAAUCAACAGCGAAGAAGGCGACUAAAAAGGAGGAAAAGGAGGAGAGUAAGGAGAUGCAGGCUAUCUUCGAUUCGAUACCGACUGUGCGUGCUCCUACUCCUCCUGCACGUGAUCCGAACAACAAGUACCAGUACAAUGCCAACCAACAUCAUGCACCCCCUCCUGGAGCUGGUUCCAAGGUGCCCCCAACCGGCGCAGAAAAUUGCUUGGCAGGAUUGACAUUUGUGUUCACCGGAGUACUUGAUACCCUCGAGCGUGAAGAAGGUCAAGCUCUAGUCAAACGACAUGGUGGUAAGGUUACUACGGGUCCGAGCUCAAAAACCAGCUAUGUUGUCCUUGGCAACGACGCGGGUCCUAAGAAGCUCGAAACCAUCGCCAAGUUGAAGCUAAAGACCAUCAAUGAAGAUGGACUCUUCGAACUGAUUAGACGACUUCCACCAAAUGGAGGUGACUCGAAAGCCGCAGAGAAGCAUGCGGAGAAGAAAGAGAAAGAAGAGAAGGCGAUCCGUGAGGCAGCCGCAGAGAUGGAGCGUACCGAUCGAGAAGCUGCGAAAGCGAAAGCAGCCAUGAAAGUAGGACAAGAUGGCCACAGAGUUCCAUCUUCAGCGUCGUCUCAGCAGCGUAAAGCCCCAGCCGCUGACAGCCGACUAUGGACAGACAAAUACGCCCCCACAGCUGUGUCCAUGGUGUGUGGUAAUAAGGGACAGGUGGAAAAGUUACAAAACUGGUUGCGAAAAUGGCACAACAAUGCAAAAUAUCACUUCAAGAAGGCUGGACCAGAUGGUUCCGGUGUCUUUCGAGCUGCUAUGAUUCAUGGUCCUCCAGGCAUUGGUAAAACGACUGCUGCUCACCUUGUUGCGAAGCUCGAAGGCUUCGACAUUGUUGAGAGUAAUGCUAGCGAUACACGAAGCAAGAAACUCGUUGAAGAUGGCCUACGAGGUGUAUUGGACACCACUUCACUCCUUGGUUAUUUCUCUGGAGACGGAAAAAAGGUGGAGGCUUCCAAACGUAAGCUCGUGUUGAUCAUGGAUGAGGUGGAUGGCAUGUCGGCCGGAGACCGUGGUGGAGUUGGUGCUUUGGCAGCUGUGGCUAAGAAGACCAGCGUUCCUAUGAUACUCAUCUGCAAUGAACGAAGAUUACCGAAGAUGAAGCCAUUUGACUUUGUCACAUGGGACGUUCCUUUCCGCCGACCAACGGCCGAUAUGAUUCGAGCACGGCUGAAGACUAUCUGCUAUCGCGAAGGCAUGGACCUACCAGCAUCAGUUCUUGAUGCUCUUAUCGAAGGAAGUCAUUCGGACAUUAGGCAAAUCAUCAACAUGAUCUCGACUACCAAGCUUGACAGGCAGACCAUGGACUUCGAUGAUGGUAAGGCUAUGUCGAAAGCAUGGGAGAAGCAUGUCAUCCUCAAGCCUUGGGAUAUCGUCGGCAAAAUCCUAAAAUCCCAAAUGUUCGCACCCAGCUCUACGGCCACUCUCAACGACAAAAUUGAGCUCUACUUCAACGACCAUGAAUUCAGCUAUCUUAUGCUUCAAGAAAACUACCUGAAAACACAGCCUGCUCGCGUCAAUAACUAUUCUGGAAGGGAAAGAAAUCUGAAACUUCUUGAGUUUGCUGACAAAGCUGCUUCGAGCAUCAGCGACGGUGAUUUGGUGGACAGAAUGAUUCAUGGGACUCAGCAACAGUGGAGCCUUAUGCCUACCCAUGCAGUCUUCAGCUUUGUGCGACCGGCAAGCUAUAUGUAUGGCAAUUUCGGUGAGCGGGUCGGCUUUGUGUCCUGGUUGGGCCAAAACAGCAAAUUUGGGAAGCUCAGUCGGUAUGUCAAAGAGAUGCAAGGUCACAUGCGUCUCCGAGCUUCAGGAGAUAGGCAUGAGAUUAGACAGCAGUAUAUGCCACUGCUCUGGCAGAAGACGGUCAAGGUCCUGCAAGAUCAAGGCAAAGAGAAGGUUCCCGAGGUGAUCGAUCUCAUGGAUUCAUAUUUCCUGACGAAAGAGGACUAUGAUGCUAUGAUUGAGCUUGGCCUGGGGCCAAUGUCGGAGGAUAACGUGAAGAUCGACUCACAAGCAAAGGCUACAUUCACACGAAUGUACAAUGCUCAAUCCCACCCGUUACCUUUCAUGAAGGCAAGCAGUGUUGUUGCGCCCAAAGCGGCCAAGAAGGUGAAGCCAGAUUUGGAAGAUGCUAUUGACGAGUCCGAUGGUGGAGAAGAGCUUCUCGAGGAGAACGAGGUCAAGGAGGACGACGAAGAGGACGUUGAUCUUAAGAAGGACAAAUACAUCAAAGCUCCGAAGAAGAAACCCGCUGCCAAAGGAGCUGCCAAGAGCGCCCCCAAGGGUAAGAAGAGAGGCAAGAAAGCGGCUGACGAGGGCGACGAUGAGGUAGAUGAUUCUGCAAGUGAAGAAGAGGUCAAAAAGCCAAAGAAAGGGGCUGCGAGGGGAGGUCGUAAAGGGAAGGGGAAGGGGAAGGCUUGA